CAGCGAAGCUGGGCUGGAGGCAGCCAGCUUUGAUAACGUUAGCUAAAAGCCCGUCUGCGGCUUCUGUUCCUACCAGCCGUGCUGCGUCCACUAACCAGCUGUGCACCAUUUGCUGUACUGGAGAACAGGGAUUUGUCCCUGCUGGCCACAACAGCAGCACCUGACGAGUGAACUGGACCCCCAGUUCUGUAGGGACAAUAGAGCAACUUUGGACGCAAACACAGCGUUUAGUUUGUCACCAUGUUUAAUCUAAUGAAAAAGGAUAAGGAGAGGGAAGGGAGUAGGAAGGAGAAGAAAGACAAAAAGGAGAGAAUGUCUGCAGCAGAGCUGCGCAGUCUGGAAGAGAUGAGCAUGCGGCGUGGUUUCUUCAAUCUCAAGAGGGAGGCCAAGCGUGAGUCCAAGAACAAACUGGAGAUCUCCAACCCCAUUCCUAUCAAAGUGGCCAGUAGCAACGAACUCACCCUCACUGACAUUGAGUCUGAUGGGCUGAGCAACCGAAGCAGCAUGGUUCUGGAUGACCAGCUUAGCGCUGCCAGCUCCACUGACGACCUGAAGGGUGAAGGCGGUGGAGGUCAAGAUGGACACCGCAGCUCAGUACGUGAUCGCGUAGCUCAUUUUGGUUCACUUGCGAAGCAGAACUCCUCACAGGUGGGUCAGAUGAUGAAACGCUUCUCUUUUUCCCAGAGGAGCAAAGAGGAGAGCCCUUCAGAGGGCUCCACCCCCUCAGGCCAGAACUCUGCUGCCCCAUCUCCACAGGUGGAGAGCAAAGUUUUCAGCAUGCUCCGCAAGCACAGCCUUAAACAGCAGCCUGGAGCAUCAGCCACCAAAAAAAUCUGCAUCCCCGAAGUAGUUGACAAGACCUUCCCUGCACAGCUGCAGCUCCCAGCUGUGGUCGCACCGAGUGCACCAGAAACACGUGAGCUAGAGCUCCAACGCCGCAACACUGGCGACUUUGGAUUUUCUUUGCGUCGCACCACUAUGUUGGACCGCAGCCCUGAUGGAGGAGUGUACAGGCGUGUGGUCCACUUUGCAGAGCCAGGCGCCGGUACCAAGGACCUUGCGUUGGGGCUGGUGCCGGGUGACAGGUUGGUGGAGAUAAAUGGACGGAAUGUGGAGAACAAGAGCCGGGAUGAGAUAGUUGAGAUGAUCCGUCAGUCAGGAGACACAGUGAGGCUGAAGGUGCAGCCGAUCCUUGAGCUGAGCGAGCUGAGCCACUGCUGGCUGAGGAACACAGAGGGACAGCGCAGGGAGGCCAGAUAUGUGAAGACAGAGGAGCAGAUUGCAGCGGAGCAGGCCUGGUAUGGAUCAGAAAAAGUUUGGCUAGUCCACAAAGAUGGCUUCUCCCUGGCCACCGUGGUGAAGACAGAGGCUGGCUCCCUGCCAGAGGGCAAGGUGAAAAUCAAACUGGAACAUGAUGGGACAAUACUGGAUGUGGAUGAAGAUGAUGUAGAAAAGGCCAACCCGCCAUCAUAUGACCGAUCAGAGGACCUGGCUUCACUGCUCUAUCUAAAUGAAUCCAGUGUGAUGCACUGCUUGAGGCAGCGCUAUGGAGGCAAUCUUAUCCACACCUAUGCUGGACCCAACAUGGUAGUCAUCAACCCUCUGAGCACACCCUCCAUGUACUCGGAGAAGGUGAUGCACAUGUUCAAAGGAUGUCGGCGCGAGGACUCCGCUCCUCAUAUCUAUUCUGUGGCUCAGUCGGCCUACCGCAACCUGCUUACCACCCGUCAGGAUCAGUCCAUUGUGCUGCUGGGCAAGUCCGGCAGUGGCAAGACAACCAACUGCCAGCACCUGGUCCAGUAUUUGGUCUCCAUCGCUGGGAGCACAGGCAAAAUCUUCUCUGCUGAGAAGUGGCAGGCAGUCUACACCAUCCUGGAGGCUUUUGGCAACAGCUCCACUUCUAUGAAUACCAAUGCCAGCCGCUUCUCCCAUGUAGUGUCCCUCGACUUCGACCAGGCCGGGCAGGUGGCCUCUGCCUCCAUCCAGACGAUGCUUCUGGAGAAAAUGAGGGUGAGCAGACGACCCGAGUCAGAGUCCACCUUCAGCGUCUUCUACUACAUGAUGGCCGGAGCCGACAGCAACCUGAGAACGGAGCUGCACUUUAACCACCUGGCUGAGAACAGUGCUUUUGGGAUCCUACCACUGUCUAAGCCUGAGGACAAGCAGCGAGCCUCACAGCAGUUCACCAAGCUGCAGGCAGCCAUGAAGGUCCUGGGCAUCUCUGGUGAAGAGCAGAAGGCCCUCUGGCUCAUUUUGGGAGCCAUUUACCACUUGGGGGCAGCAGGAGCCACGAAAGACGGAGAUGAAGCUGGACGUAGGCAGUUUGCCCGUCAUGAAUGGGCCCAGAAGGCGGCCUACCUACUUGGCUGUACCUUGGAGGAGUUGUCCUCUUCUAUCUUCAAGCACCAGGCCAAAGGACUGCAGCACUCCACCUCAUUCAGAGGAGGAUCAGACGAGGCCAGCCAAGGUGACAACUCAGGCUCUAAGGUCACAGCUCUGGAGUGUUUGGAGGCCAUGGCAUCAGGACUCUAUUCAGAGCUCUUCACUCUUGUCAUUUCCCUCAUCAACAGGGCUCUGAAGUCCAGUCAGCACUCUCUGUGCUCCCUGCUGAUUGUGGACACUCCAGGUUUCCAGAACCCUCGGCUGGCUCAGCAACAGCGAGGGGCCACGUUUGAGGAGCUCUGCCACAACUACGCCCAGGAGAGGCUGCAGACCCUGUUCCAUGAGCGCACCUUUGUCCAGGAGCUGGAGAGAUACAAGGAGGAAAACAUAGAGCUUGUUUUAGAUGACAUAGAGUCCAGUACCUCACUGUCUGUAGCAGCUAUUGACCAAGCCUCAACCCAAGCACUGGUGCGUACUUUGGCCAGGACGGAUGAGGCUCGGGGUCUUCUGUGGCUGAUGGAGGAGGAGGCUGUUCAGCCUGGAGGUUCAGAGGAAACCAUGCUGGAUAGACUCUUCAGCUACUACGGCUCUGCACAGGGGGAAAACAAAGGGGCCAAUCUGCUGCUGCGAGGGGAGGAGCCCCACCUCUUCCUGCUGGGCCACAGCCACGGGACAGACUGGGUGGAGUACAAUGCUCAGGGCUGGCUGAGCCACGCCAAGCACAACCCUGCUGCCCAGAACGCUGCCACACUGCUGCAGGACUCCCAGAAGAAGAACAUCAGCGGGCUGUUCAUGGGUCGGGCCAGUGGGGCUACAGUGUUGUCAGGCUCCAUUGCCGGUUUGGAGGGCAGCUCUCAGCUCGCCCUGCGCCGAGCCACCAGCAUGAGGAAGACCUUCACCACAGGCGUGGCUGCCGUCAAGAAGAAGAGCCUGUGUAUCCAGGUGAAACUGCAAGUGGAUGCUUUGAUUGACAUGGUGCGUCGCUCCAGGGUUCACUUCAUCCACUGUCUGCUGCCCAAAGCAGAGGCAGUGGGUGGAGGAGGUGAGCCCCGCGUGACCCACGGAGAGAGCCCGGACUCAGGCCUUAUGACUUUGAACGUGGGCCUCCUGAGAGCUCAGCUCCGAGGAUCCAAGCUGCUGGAUGCGCUGCGCAUCUACAGGCAAGGAUACCCAGACCACAUGGUGUUUUCAGAGUUUCGCAGGCGCUUCGAUGUCCUGACACCACAUCUAACAAAGAAGCACGGCCGCCACUACAUUGUCACAGAUGAGAAGAGGGCAGUGGAGGAGUUGCUUGAGUCCUUGGAGCUGGAGAAGAGCAGCUACCACAUGGGGCUGAGCAGGGUGUUCUUCAGAGCGGGGACUCUGUCCAGGCUGGAGGAGCAGCGCGACGUUCAGACCAGGAGGAACAUCACUUUGUUUCAGGCUGCCUGCAGGGGAUAUCUGGCCAGACAUGCCUUCAAGAAAAGAAAGAUCCAGGAUCUGGCCAUCCGCUGCAUCCAGAAGAACAUAAAGAAAAAUCGUGGUGUCAAAGACUGGCCAUGGUGGAAGCUCUUGACCACUGUCAGACCUCUGAUAGAGGUGCAGCUCACUGAGGAACAGAUCCGCGGCAAGGACGAAGAGAUUCAGCAGCUGAAGCAGAAGCUGGAUAAGGUGGAGAGAGAGAGAAAUGAGCUGAGACUCAACAGCGACCGCCUUGAGAGCAGGAUCACAGAGCUGUCAUCAGAGCUGGCUGAUGAGCGGAACACAGGGGAGUCAGCCUCCCAGCUGCUGGAGACUGAAACUUCUGAGAGACUCCGCCUGGAGAAGGACAUGAAGGACCUGCAGACCAAAUUUGACAGCAUGAAGAAACAGAUGGAGUCCAUGGAGAUGGAGGUGAUGGAGGCUCGACUCAUCAGGGCUUCCGAACUCAAUGGAGAGAUGGAUGAUGACGACACAGGAGGAGAGUGGAGGCUGAAGUAUGAACGAGCCAUCAGGGAGAUUGAAUUCACCAAGAAGAGACUGCAGCAGGAGUUUGAUGACAAGCUGGAGGUGGAGCAGCAGAACAAACGGCAGCUGGAGAGGAGGAUCAGUGACCUGCAGGCCGAUAAUGAAGAGUCCCAGAGAAACAUCCAGCAGCUGAAGAAGAAAACCCAACGACUGACAGCUGAGCUGCAGGACACUAAACUUCACCUGGAGGGCCAACAGAGCCGCAACCAUGACCUGGAGAAGAAGCAGAGGAAGUUUGACAGUGAGCUGAGUGCAGCCCAGGAGGAGGUGCAGAGGGAGAGGAGCCUGAGGGAGAAACUGGCCCGAGAGAAAGACAUGCUGAGUGGAGACGCUUUCAGCCUCCGACAGCAGCUCGAGGACAAGGACCUGGAGGUGUGUGCAGUCAACCUGAAGCUAGACCAGCUGGAGGCUGAGCUGCAGGACCUUAACUCCCAGGAAUCCAAGGAUGAGGCAUCUUUGGCCAAGGUGAGGAAGCAGCUUCGUGAUAUGGAGGCCAAGAUGAAGGACCAGGAAGAGGAGCUGGAUGAGCAGGCUGGCACCAUCCAGAUGUUGGAGCAGGCCAAGCUGCGUCUGGAGAUGGAGAUGGAGCGUUUGCGUCAAACCCAUUCCAAGGAUAUUGAGAGCAAAGACGACGAAGUGGAAGAGAUCAGACAGUCCUGCAGCAAGAAGCUGAAGCAAAUGGAAGUCCAGCUUGAAGAAGAGUAUGAUGAGAAGCAGAAGGUGCUGAAAGAGAAGAGAGAGCUGGAAUCAAAACUUCUGACAGCACAGGAUAAGGUGAGAUGUGAUGACAUUGAGACUGAGAAGCGUUUGAGGAAAGACCUGAAGAGAACCAAGGCUCUGCUGGCUGAUGCCCAGAUCAUGUUGGAUCAUAUAAAGAACAACGCACCCAGCAAGAGGGAGAUCGCCCAGCUCAAGAACCAGCUGGAGGAGUCUGGGUUCACCUGCUCAGCUGCAGUUAAAGCUCGUAAAUCCAUGGAGGUGGAGAUUGAAGAUCUGCACGUUCAGAUGGAGGACAUCUCCAAAACAAAACAGGCGCUGGAGGAGCAGCUGAGUCGUCUGCAGAGAGAGAAGAAUGACCUGCAGUCAAGAAUGGAGGAGGACCAGGAGGAUCUAAACGAGCUGAUGAAGAAACACAAAGCUGCUGUGGCCCAGUUGGCACAGAACCUGGCUCAGAUCAGUGACCUCCAAGCCCAGCUGGAGGAGGCCCUCAAGGAGAAGCAGGAGGUCCAAGAGAAGAUGCAAGCCCUCCAGAGCCAGCUGGAGUUCCAGGAACAGUCCAUGGUGGAGAAAUCCCUUGUGAGCCGGCAGGAGGCCAAGAUCCGUGAACUCGAGACCAAGCUGGAGUUUGAGAAGACUCAGGUCAAACGCCUGGAGAGCCUUGUAGCUCGGCUUAAGGAGAACCUAGAGAAGCUGACGGAGGAACGAGACCAGCGCAGCAGCAGCGAGAAUCGAGAGAAGGAGCAGAACAAACGUCUACAGAGGCAGAUUCGCGACAUCAAGGAGGAGAUGGGUGAACUGGCUAAAAAGGAAGCUGAGGCCAGCCGCAAAAAACAUGAGCUGGAAAUGGACAUUGAGAGCUUAGAGGCUGCUAAUCAGAGCCUGCAGGCAGACCUCAAGCUGGCCUUCAAAAGGAUUGGUGACCUUCAGGCAGCCAUUGAGGACGAGAUGGAGAGUGAUGACAAUGAAGACCUUAUCAACAGUUUGCAAGACAUGGUGACAAAGUAUCAGAAAAGACAGAACAGAACUCAGGGGGAUUCAGACACAGACUCCGAGUUGGAGGAUCGUGUGGAUGGGGUCAAGUCCUGGCUGUCCAAAAGCAAAGGUUCCGCCAAGAACCUUUCAGAUGACGGAAGCCUCAAGAGCUCCAGCCCCCCUGGCCGAAGACGCUACUGCUUCGAUAGAUCUGAUGAAGAGGAGGAGGAAGAAGAAAAAGAAGAAGGCGGGGCGACCCAGGGCUCCUACUGCUCUCGAUAUAAAUACGACAGCCAUACGAAAGACAGCGAUGACGAGGACAGGCCUUACUUGACCACAUCGUAGUCCUCGCUGCUAGUCUUCAUCCUCUGAAAAACCCUCAUUCAGCUGUGGCAGUUUGUCUUGCAUGCAAAGUUGACCAAAAAUGUGGUGAAUCUGACACAACUGUAAACUUAAAUACUAACAACCUGCAAGACAACAGACAUUCAAAUGCAGUAGAUGUUCCCUAAUUGUUCCUAUGGCAGAUCCUCAUAGGACUUUUUUUGACUCAGCACUCGGUCUGACUUCGCCACACCCUGCAGCUCCGGUAUCAGCGACUCCACUCUGCCGCUUGCAUGUGAGCAGCAGUUGCUUGGCUUGAGCAACCAUCCUGUUUAACUCCCAUCAUCAUGGUUGUAACUGAGCCAAAGAACUUGAGGUUGCAUUGAUAAUAGAUUAUUUCUUUCUCUCUCUUCGUCUCUGUCACUCUUCCUCUCUUUUUUACAUAUAGUAUAGUACACCACAAUAAUAUGUAUUGCCAUAGUACAAUGUAUUGCCAAAAAGCCUUUGUCCAAGUAUGUGUGCACACUGUUUUACUUAUUGCCAGUUGAUGCAGAAAAGUCACAGCCUUUUUUUCUUCCUCUUUUCGGGACAAGUGCCAUUUGACUUAAGUGGACUCCUCCACAGCUGCAGCUGUAGCUGUGCACUGUUUGCUUUUUGUUUGCCUCAAAGGUUUCUGGGCCUUUAGCUGGCAAACCAUCUCUUUGAUACAGGGGAAGAGGAUCACUAACUGCUCAACCAUCAAAGUAAAGUUUUUUAAUCUUUUUGUUUCGGAUGUUCAACAGAUUUGUUUUGCCGUCAAGCAAAUUAGUUUCCAUAAGGUUGAGCUUCCCUCUGUGAAAUGCCUUAUGACAUCUUAUUUUUUCAAUUCGAUUUCAAGGACUUUCCAGAAUUCUUUAGUGAUGAAGAGAGUUGGGCUCUGUACUUGUGCGUGUUGUUCAUAUGCCGUCUGUGUUUUGUUGUUGUUCAGUUUUAUGUGCUUUCCUUUUCCAAAGGGAAUGUAAUUGACUUUGGGCACCAGUCAUUUGUAGGUUUCUCAGAACAAACACCGAGCAGAUGGUUUCCUCAACCAGCAUGUGUGAGGAAAAAACUGCUGUCAUUCUAUUCUUUCAUUUUCAGCAAAUCACCCGCAAAGACCAAAACCAACACAGUGUUGUCUUGACCUUUGGGAAAAGUAUGUGUAACAAAAUACCCUUGAAUGAGCUUUCAACCAUGUCUUGGUCUUCUUCAUCAAAUGUGUGCUCAGGUGUCAUCAUAUCUGUUAGCCAUAAACGCACUGAAUCGUACUGAUGACGUAAAUCUAAUCUGAACACGUAAAUAGCUUGCAAAUAUAUAGUUGCUAUAACUUGCCACUGCACUAGUGCUAGUCCGUAUUAGCAGCUCAGCUAGCUUGGUCAUGAUUCUUGCUCAAUAACUGCAUCUAAAAUCAUUCUUCUUUUGUGGAGCAGUUUAUGCUCCAGUAGAGCAGGGUCAUAUAAAAGUGGAUGGUACCACACAGCUAAUAGGAUUGUCACUUAUUUAAACAAAUUUGAAUCAACGUGUAGUUCUAAUUUUUAUUUGAAUCAGUUAUCUGGCCUGUUCAUUUCCUGUGCUUCCGCUGCGCCACUUAGCAGCAAGCUAACAUUGCUAUGAGACUGGUGCACUCUACAAAGUUACCUGUCCAUGAUUUUUCCAUCCAAGGUGUUGGAUCCAACUGCUGCUACACAUUACUUCUCAAAUGAUUUGAUGUCAUGAUUAUUCAUUCAGCAUGGCAAGCUAGUUUCCUCUGUUUUGCGCUAGUGAAAAGAACAUGAGUUUAGUUUACAGGUAAGGCAAGAGGGCAUGCAAUAGAUCUGACAGUUUAUAAUUCAAAUACAUCACUACAGAUUGAACCUUACAUCUUUUCCCAUAUUCACGUGUGAAUAAAAAGCUUGUGCUUUGGGCCGUCUGCCCCUCUGUCCCCUCAAAGGACAGUAUUGUCAGGAUGAUUUGCUUUUGAUCAGUGGUGCAAAUUAGUGUCAAAGUUCAACAGAAUUGAAUGUGAGUCCUGCAAGCAGAUCUGCUGGUCCCAGUGGUUCCACUGGAAUGAAGUCUUUCAUUGAAUUUGUGCAUUCAUGGAUUUUGAUGAAAAUAUGAAAGAUGUAGAAUAUCACCAGCCUUUAUUGGGUACUUUAAGUGUAACUUCAUUAACUGGACACACUAUAGCCUGUAUAACCAAUACUGUGAAAUCAUGUAAACGGCAAGAAAAUAAGAACCUGUAUUUUCAUUGCUUAAAUGUUACAUCACAUCCUCUGGUCAUCCGUCUGGUAUUUACUGAGAAGCAUUAAGAUGUUUUUGAAAGCCAUUUAAAGUCCAGAAGAGCUUGACGUGGCAUUUGGGGCUGCAUACAUUGGUGGAUGUCCUUCAUUGUGGGAGAAGUUGGGUGUGAUUCUAAUAUACAUGCUUUUUGUAGAUUAUUGUCAUCUUUUUAUUCUCUAUGCAGUCGACACAAGUGUGAAAGUUGUUUUGAUCUUAUUGACCCUGAUGAAACAGAAAAAACAAGAGCAGGCAUAAUGUUUCUGACUGCACACACUAUUUAUAUAUAAAUAUGUGUAUGAUUCAUGCUAGCUUUGAAAAUAGUUAAUGUUUAUUUUCAUUAUUGAACAAAUUGACCACUUGUUAUAAAUUUUGCAUUACAGUUUAAUAUAUUGUAAAUAAAUGAUGGUGAUUGUUUUA